UCGGAGAGACCCCUGAAUUGGGGAAUGAGCGCCCCCCCCCGCUCGGAGCUGGCGGCAGCGGCGCUGCUGCGUUUGGGGGACGAGCGCCCGCCCGCCAUGAGCCUCCUGCAGCGUAAGGGGCGCCCCGAGUGGCGCCCACCCCGCGACGAGGAACCCCGAAAAGGGACCUCUAAGAUACGCGAGGGGGGUUCCCUGCGCCGUCCCCUCCGCGUGGGCUUCCUGACUCUUCCGGCCCCGCAAGAACGGGGUCCGCGGCCCUGUCCCCCCGGCAUGGCCCCCCGUUCUCUUUCCUGCCAUGCCGUGGGGCUCCCCGAAAGCGGGAUCCCCCCCAGACCCACCGGCCCCCGCCCAGGGCCCCCCGAAGGAAGGGGCCUCGAGGCGCCCCCCGCCAAAAGGGGCGGCACCCCCGGCGCAGGCUGCACGCGCCAGACGCCCCCCCCGAAGCCAUCGCGUAGCCCCCAGACCCGUUUAUCCACCGGGGGAACCCCCUCUGUCCCCCCACCAUCGGAAAGGGGGGGCUCCGGAAGGUCGGAAGGUGAAGGGGAGGAACCCGUCUACAUCGAGAUGGUGGGGGACGCGCGGCGGGGGACGGACGGGGGCCCCGGGGCGCCCCCCCAGGAGGAACCCGAGGCCAUUUACGAGGAGAUGAGUUGCCCCCUCCCCGCGGGAGAUGGUCUUGGCCACGCCCCCUUCUCCUCAAGCCACGCCUCUUUCAUCCCAGGCCAUGCCCACAGUCCAUUCAUCCCUUUUACCUCCACAAGCCACGCCCCCUCCACAAGCCACGCCCCCUCCACAGGCCAACCUGCGUUUAGUCAUGUCCCCUCGAGUCAGGCUCUGUUUGGCCACGCCCCCUCCAUUCAUUCACACCCAGCUGGCCACGCCUCCUCCAUUCCUUCACACCCAGCUGGCCACGCCCCUUCCAUCACAAUGCCAUUUGGCCAUGCCCCUUCAUCUAGCCACACCCAUACAGCGCCAGGUCACGCCUCCUUCCACUCUGGCCACGCCUCUUUUGCGGUACACACGCUGUUCACGCCCUCCUCAGGCCACGCCCACUUGGGACAAACCCCCUGCCCUGGCCACGCCCCUUCCUCCUCCAUCCCCACGGCAAUCCCCCCGCCCUUCCCCAACCUCCUCGCCCCCCGACCCCCCCUCCUGGCGGCCCCCCCCGAGGGCUCGCGCCUCCCCCUCCCCCGCCGCGAGCCGCCCCCCCCCGCCCGUGCCCGUAGCCACUCCACGCCCCUCCCCCACCACCCCCACGGCCCCCCCCACGCUGGGGGGGGAGGGGCGGGACGGGAGCGAGAGGCUCCUCCCCCUGGGAAGCGCCCCCCCGCCUACGACACCUUAAGAGGGGGUGGGGCCACCGUAGGCCACGCCCCCCAGCGCGAAGAGGAGCCAACCCACCGGCGGGGAGGGGGGGGCGCCCCCCCGCGGCGAGGGAAGGAGGCGGAGAAGGCUCCAGAUCCACCACGGGAGGAGCGGGGGGGCGGGGGGGGUCCCGGGGCUGCCGCCCCCCCCUCAGGGAUCCCGGUUCGAGCGGAGGCGUCGAGGGGGCGCACGGGGCCCGGCCCCCCCUGCCAGACCUUCCCGGCUUGUGGGCGCAGCAGUGACCCCUCCAGUGGGCAUCGCUUGGGCCGCUCGGCCUCCACCUCCGGUGUUCGCCAAGCCGGGGCCCCCCCUUUUUCUCGCGGAACCCCUUCAACUCCACGCCCUCUUUCUGGGGGGGUCCUUGGAGGGGGUCCCGGAUUAGGGGGGGGUCCCGGUCCCCCCCCCCGCCCGCGGGACGGGCAACUACAAGAGGUGAUCGAUCGUAAACGCUGCGUUUGCACGGAAAUCAAAGCGCGGGGAGGGCGGGGGGGGGCGCUUUGUAAACAGGACAGUUUACCCCCCCUCCCGACACCCCCCUUUUGGAAAGGGGGGGCUCCUGAAGGGAAACAACCCCCCCUUCCUCCUCCACCACCGCCUCCCCCACCCGGGACUCCCCCAACACGACGGCCUCACGCGGUGCUUUGGGACACAGCGAUCUGACACAAACAUAAACCCCCCCCCCCCAAAAAAAAAUUUGGGGGUGCCUGGUGCAUCUCUGAACCCCCCCCCCCCAAAAAAAAUCACCCCUAUAAUUAAAAGGGGGGGUUGUUAAAAGGAGAGGGAAGAAAAAGCCU